AUGGUCGGCCCUGUCACCCUGCAGCGCGAUGAAGGUCAGAGGAUCCGACUACUCAGAUACUUUGCUAGAAAAUUGCUGCUGAAUAACGCGACGCUGGACCUCGAACUGUUCCAAGAAAUCGACAUCAACGACAUGCUGCGCAACCCCGACCAAGACGCCGCCUUCGACGAAGGUCUUCAGGUGGAAGCACCUCCGAGCGAGGCGGAACUAUACAUCGAUCAGAGGACCAUCGUGGACACAAUUGUCGAUGCUGUCAGGUCGUACGUGGUGCCGAAUCGAAUCGACAGGUCGCGACUCUUCUUCAUCGAGGGGCCCGCAGGAACAGGCAAAACGUUCACGUACAAAGUGAUUUGCGCCAAGCUGGCCUCGAUGAACCUCAAGUUCGUGUGCGCGGCAUACACGGGCGUCGCCGCGGCUCUGCUUCCAAAGGGAAGAACGCUGCAUUCUGCUCCAUUCAGCUCAAGAGGGAUGAACCUCAAGUUCGUGUGCGCGGCAUACACGGGCGUCGCCGUGGCUCUGCUUCCAAAGGGAAGAACGCUGCAUUCUGCUCCAUUCAGCUCAAGAGGGACUCGAGGUCGAGACUGCUAUAAAAACAUCGAACAGGCCACACUUAUCCUUAUGGAUGAGGUGUCCAUGGCGCCCAAUCGCGCCAUCGAGGUCGGCGAGAUAUUAAUUCGCGAAGCAAAAGACACUGAAUCAGAGUCACCCUUCGGAGGCAUGCCCAUCCUGUUCGGCGGUGACCUUCGCCAACUAAGCCCAAUCUGCCAGCCCGACGAGACAGUGGAAGAAAUCCACUUUAGGAAUUCGCGAUUUUUGGACCGGUGCCACAUUCUGCAACUUAACACGAACAUGCGUACAGACCCUGACGAACGAGAGUUUGCCGACUUUAUCAAGUCGGUAGGCGAAGGCACCCAUUCAUCUCCCCCUGGCCUGCCUGCGCUGACUCUUCAAAUCCCGGACGACUGGAUCCUGCCGGACAACACUCUCGACAACCUGAUCGACUGGGUUUUCGGGGACAACCCAUCGAUCACCGGCCAAGAGAACGCCAUUCUGACGCAGCUCAACGACGACUGCUUGAAAAUUAAUGAAAAGAUACUGCUCAAAUUUCCGGGAGAUAAGCCAAUCGUCACGAUUCUGUCUGAGGAUUCGGUUUUCGAUGACGAUCCUAACAAUCCUAUCGUCGCAAACAACGGCGCGGGAGUUCCGGAAGACAGCUGCACAAUCGAAUUGGACGAGCUCCACAUUCAGACACCGUCGGAAUUGCCGUACCAUGAGCUCAACUGUGGAUUGGUCAACGGAACGAGGAUCAGAAUCGACGCCAUCAGCAGGCUCAGGCUCAGAGUGACGGUCUCGAGCGGCGCAGAAACCAUCCGGAACCAGCAAAUUGAUCUGGCCAGAAUUGAGUUCAUCGGCGACAUCGGCUCCGUGCUGAAAAUGCGCAGAGUACAGUUUCCCAUCAAACUGGCUUUUGCCAUGACGGUCAACAAGAGCCAGGGGAUGACCCUGAACAAGGUCAGUGUUUUCCUCAAGCGCCACAUCAGUGACCGCGGCAUGUUAUAUGUCGCCCUCAGCCGUGUUCGACGCUCGGAAAACAUCCGCAUGGUUGUCGUCCCUGACGACAAGCAGGGAUACCACAACGAGAAGGGGCUGUGGUUUACCCAGAACCCUGUUCGUAAGCAGUUGUGGGACCUGGACAGUAGGAUCUCGGGCGGAAACCCUCUUUAA